AUGUCACAUUUAUAUGAAGAAGUAUAUAAAAAAAGAAAAUAUUAUGAUAGGGCAUUAUGCAAUGAUUAUGAAGACUGGUUAAAUAAAAUACAAUACUCUAAGACUGUUUACAUUGGCAACUUAUCCAUUUACACAACGGAGCAGCAAAUAUACGAGCACAUGAACAAGGCCGGGGAGGUCGAGAACAUAAUAAUGGGACUGCACCGAACCGAGAAGUCUCCUUGCGGGUUUUGUUUUGUAGUAUAUAAAAGAAAAGAAGGAGCAACACAAUCUGUUAACUUCCUUAAUAAUUCCAUAUUAGAUGGAAGAAUAAUAAGAGUAGAUGAAGACUUAGGAAUUAUAGGAAAACGAAAAUAUGGAAGAGGUAAAACAGGUGUACAAAAAAGAGAUGAACGAAAUAAACAUUUUGAUGAAGAUAGACCAAUAGUACUUGAUAGUAUAGCACAACAACAUUUAGUUACAAAAAAAAGAAAAUUUAAUAAUAAUAAUAAUAAUUAUCAUAAUCCAAAUGUUUACAAUAAUAUGUAUCAUCCAUAUGAAAGAAAUGUCAAGCCAAGGGUUUUAACAAAUAAUCAUCAAAAUCCUAAUCCUGCAAAUUUUAGACAUGUUGUUACGUUAUACCCCAAUGCACAACACUUAAUGACAUAUAAUAGAAAUAAAAACAACAAACCAUAUAAUUAUAAAAAAGAAAGAAAACCAAACAUGUGA